AGCACCACCUCCGGGAAGGAUGGGUUGAACUCCAGCGGGGAAGGAAAAGGCGGCUGGAAACGGGAGAUGGAGCCGGUGGGCCCGGUUGGAGCGGGGAGAUGCGGCCGGUGAUCCUAGCUGACACGCAGCGAUUGAGCUGCUAGGCCCGGCAGCUGCGGGCGCUGCGCCUGGCUGGAGCGGGGCGAUCGAGCCGCGGGGCCCCUCUGGAGCACGGAGAUCGGGCAGUGGGACCCCCCCGGAGCGGGGGAGCCGAGCCGCUGGCACUGCCGCGGGGCUCUGUCCCGGGCACCGGCAGGCGUGGCGGGAUGACUCCGCAGCGGGCGGCGGGGCCCGGCUCACCGGCGCGGCGCGGGGCUCUCUUGCAGAACGUGUUGGCCAAGGCGCUGUACGACAACGUGGCCGAGUCGCCGGACGAGCUCUCCUUCCGCAAAGGCGACAUCAUGACGGUGCUGGAGCGCAACACGCAGGGGCUGGACGGCUGGUGGCUCUGCUCGCUCCACGGCCGGCAGGGCAUCGUCCCCGGGAACCGCCUCAAGAUCCUGGUGGGGAUGUACGACAAGAAGCAGCAGCAGCAGCAGCAGCAGCAGCAAGCGGCCGGCCCGGCGCAGGGGCAGACGCCGCCGCAGCCGCCGGUGCCCCAGCCGGCUCUGCCCUACCACCACCAAGGGGGCUACACCCCCCUGUCGCCCGCCUCGCAGUACACACCCAUGCACCCUGCCUAUGCCCCCCAAGGAGACAGCGUCUACCUGAUGCCGGUCCCCAGCAAGGGACAGCAGGGGCUCUACCCGGGCUCAGCGCCCGCUGGACAGUUUCCUCCUGCCCCGGCUAAGCAGCCACCCGCCUACCCGAAGCAGACCCCUCCCCAUGCCUUCCCCAGCCCCGGCCAGGACAUCUACCAGGUGCCCCCCUCCUUGGGCCAAGCUGCAGAGGCAUACCCCGGGGGCUCUGCAACUCCCCCCCAGGAUGUCUACCAGGUUCCUCCUCCAGCUGGGCAGGCUCAAGACAUCUACCAGGUGCCCCCGUCAUUGGAUAUGAGGAGCUGGGAAGGGCACAAGCCCCAGGGAAAGGUGCUGGUGCCCACCCGCGUGGGGCAGGUGUACGUCUAUGACUCGGCCAAGGGCGAGCAGGACGAGUAUGACUUCCCUCGGCACCUCCUCUCUGCCGGCUCCCAGGAGAUCUACGAUGUGCCCCCUGUCCGGGGGGCAGUCACCAGCCAGUUCAGCCAGGAGGUCUAUGACACCCCUCCCAUGGCAGUGAAGGGUCCCAACGGGCAGGAUCCAGGGCAGGAGAUCUAUGAUGUGCCCCCCAGCGUGGAGAAGAACCUGCACCAAACUGUGUACGAUGUGCCCCCCUCAGUCAGCAAGGACGUGCCGGAUGGCCCGGCGCGGGAGGAGACCUACGACGUGCCCCCCGCCUUUGCCAAGCAGAAAGCCUUCGACUCCUCCCGCCACCCCCUCAUCCUGGCCCAGCAGGAGCCCUACUUGCCAGAGGAUGUCUACGACGUGCCGCCGGCAGCCGGGAAAGGUGCCCCCGAGCUACCUCCCUCCCAUGAGAUCUAUGACGUGCCCCCCAGCCUCAAGAAGCUGGGCGGCUCAUCCUUCCCCUCCCAGGAGGUGUACGAUGUGCCCCGGGACCUGCAUGCCCCAGGCAAGGGCUCCCUGGACACGGAGGGUGAGUACAUCUAUGAUGUCCCACCACAAGUGGACCGUGAGGCCAAGGGCACAGACAGCAAACGCCUCUCAGCCUCCAGCACGGGCAGCACCCGCAGCAACAUCUCCAUCUCCUCGCUGGACGUGGUGCCCGUGAAGGAGCCGGCCAAGGGAGCCGGCAAGGAGUUCUCCCUGGACUUGGACGCCGCCAUGGAGACGCUGGCCAAGCUCCAGCACGGCGUUGGUGGCGCCGUCUCCUACCUCAUGUCCUUCAUCAGUGCCAACUGGCGCAGCCCCGAGCACAUGGAGGCCAACGCCGCCAGCAUCCGAGGGGCAGCCGAGGGUGUCCGGACUGCCCUCCGAGACCUGUUGGAGUUUGCCCGGGGGGCGGUGGGCAACGCUGCCCAGGCCUCCGACCGUUCCCUCUACACCAAGCUCAGCAAGCAGCUGCAGAAGAUGGAGGAGGUCUACCAGGCCCUGGCACGGCACGGCCAAGCGCUGGACGCUUGCCACUGGGCUCCGAGCGCCUUGGCCGGCGGCAAGGCGGGCACGGACGACCUGGAACACUUCGUCAUGCACUCGCGCGGCAUCCCCGAUGACACCAAGCAGUUGGCCUCCUUCCUGCACGGCAACGCCUCCCUGCUCUUCAAACGGACAAAGCCGGCGGUGGAGGGCGGCGGCCACGGGCCCCCUCACCCCUCCGACAAGGCCAGCAGCAUCCAGUCCCGGCCGCUGCCCUCCCCACCCAAGCUGCUGGCACAGGAGUCCCCCGAUGGGCCCUACGAGAACAGCGAGAGCGGCUGGAUGGAGGAUUAUGACUACGUCCAUCUCCAGGGCAAGGAGGAGUUUGAGAAGACUCAGAAGGAGCUGCUGGAGAAAGGCAACAUCAUCCGGCAGAGCAAGGACCAGCUGGAGCACCAACAGCUGAAGCAGUUCGAGCGGCUGGAGCAGGAGGUGACACGUCCCAUCGACAACGACCUGGCCAACUGGAACCCCCCGCAGCACUACAGCCCGGCGCGGGGCGGCGGCACCCUGUGUGCUGCCGACCGCCAGCUGCUCCUCUUCUACCUGGAGCAGUGCGAGGCCAACCUGACCACGCUCACCAACGCCGUCGACGCCUUCUUCACUGCCGUCAGCACCAACCAGCCCCCCAAGAUCUUCGUGGCCCACAGCAAGUUCGUCAUCCUCAGCGCCCACAAGCUCGUCUUCAUCGGGGACACCCUGUCCCGCCAGGCCAAGACCCAGGACGUCCAGCACAAGGUGAUGCACUACAGCAACCUGCUCUGCGAGAUGCUGAAGGAGAUCGUGGUGACCACCAAAGCCGCUGCCCUCCACUACCCUUCUCCUUCCGCCUCUAAGGACAUGGUGGAGCGCGUCAAGGACCUUGCCAACAGCACGCAGCAGUUCAGGAUGGUGCUGGGCCAGCUGGCAGCCAUGUGAUGGCCCUGGGCUGCUGUCUCCCUUCCCCAGGCCCACCCCCGCCGCUCCCCACUCUGUUCCCAGAGAUUCGUCCUCCUCCAUCAGAGGCCUCUCUCUGCCCGGUGUAAGCAGACCUGUACAUAGAGACUCCCAUGCUCACCAGGCAGCUGGGCCUUUGCUGGGAGAGGGGUUGUGGCCAUCAUCCUCUUUCCUCUUCUUCCUCGCUCUGGCCAGGGGCCAGGAUUGGUUUUGGAGCCAUACCCAUCACGCAGCAACGCUGGGAGGUGGAUUCAUGCCUGCUCCGUCCCUGCUGUCCUCUCUCAGUGUGACACUGGCAGACGUUCCCAGCCCAGAAGCCAGGGGACCAUAGAUCCCACGGAGCUUCAUCCCAGGCUCUGCUGGCAGCAUGGGGUGAUGCUGCAGGCGCUCUGCUCCCGGCAGGCAGGGAAUGCUCCUGCCCAGCCUCCAGGAGCCAGCAGAUUCUCAACGGUGUGGAAGCCACAGUGGGGCAGGGACAGGGUGUGCUUGUCCCCCUGUGCACCAGGGGCUGCACAGAAGCGUCCCUGGGGGGGGUAAGGAGGGGGUGGCUGGGGCAGGAGGGGUCUGAGCUGCGUGUUCUCGCGUCGCGGGUUGUGCUGCUGUACCCCCUGGAGCCGCAACGCAAACCCAAACUGGUGCCUUCUGAACACAGGGGAAGCUUCUGCUGCUUCCCACAGCUACAGUCAUAGCCCUUCCCCCUCCAAAAAAACCACCUCAGCUCCCUAUCCCCCAGCAGCAUAAAGAUUUGCCUAGAAACAUC